AUGAGAGAAGUUGAGCAAGUCCCACCUUCUCUGUCCUCAAUAUGUUGCUGUCAUAGCCUGAUCUCCACUGAUCCAGCAAGAUUUCUGGACAAUUUACUUGGUGAGAGUAUGAUCCAUUGACCCACAGAGAAAAGCAGCUGUAGCCUAUUAAAGACAUUGCUUGGUAGCAACAUAGGAAGCAGCGUAGACUGCAGCGUCUGACAAGACUGGGAGUGGGUGUCUAAGCAAACACAAAGCUGUGCGCAUCUGUGAGUAAACAGCAGUUGCAUUCCUCUAUUUACAUCUGCACAUUGUUUUGGGUGUGCAUCUAUUUCACAAAACAAGCACAUUCAAGGUGUCGGAGUCUUCUGGUCUGGGGCAACAUGACUUUUGCAGAACUUUUAGAGCUGGUCGGCAGUAUGGGCCGUUUCCAAAUUAUCCAUGUUACGUUACUGGUCCUGCCAAUAUUACUGAUGGCCAGCCACAACAUCCUGCAGAACUUUACCGCUGCUACCCCUGGGCACCACUGCCAUAUUGCCAUUGUUGCUAACUACACUUGUGAUGACAACUUUACUGACGUCCUAUAUUGCCAGGAGCUCCUCAGGAUCUCCAUCCCCGUGGAUGGGAACCAGCAGCUGGAGAAGUGUCUCCGAUUCAUCUCUGCCCAGUGGCAGCUCCUAGACCCAAAUGCCACAACAACCAAUGGGACUGAAAUGGACACGGAGCCCUGUAUGGAUGGAUGGAUCUAUGACAAGAGUGUUUUCACCUCCACCAUCAUCACCGAGUGGGAUCUCGUGUGUGGCUCACGGACAUUGAAACAGAUGGCUCAGUCGAUCUAUAUGGCGGGAGUCCUGGUGGGAGCGAUUGUGUUUGGAAGUCUCUCUGACAAGUUUGGACGGAAGUCACUCUUGAUCUGGUCCUGUCUGCAAAUGGCCAUCGCUGGCUCUUGCACUGCUUUCUCAUCUAACUUUACCAUAUACUGCGUUUUCCGCUUCCUGACUGGAAUGGCUCUGUCAGGGAUCAACCUCAACUGUGUGUCCCUCUCUGUGGAGUGGACCCCCACCAAACUCCGGGCAGCAGUUGGCAUGGUGACAGGAUAUAGCUACAGCAUCGGGCAGUUCAUUCUGGCUGGGUUAGCCUAUGUCAUCCCGGAUUGGCGCUGGCUGCAGCUGGCUGUUUCGGUGCCCUAUUUCAUCUUCUUCUUCUAUGGCUGGUGGUUCACAGAGUCGGCCCGCUGGCUUGCAACAGCCGGCAAACUGAAUCAGGCAUUAAAGGAGAUGCAGAAAGUGGCACGAAUAAAUGGGCGAAAGGAAGAAGGGGACAAACUCAGCAUAGAGGACUUGAGAGCCAGCCUGCAAAAAGAAAUGUCCUCAGCCAAAUCCACCCACACAGCUGCCGAUCUGGUGCGCACACAGUCUGUACGUAGGAUAUCCUGCUGCCUGUGCUUCGUAUGGUUCUCCACCAGCUUUGCCUAUUAUGGGCUGGCCAUGGAUCUGCAGAAUUUUGGGGUCAGCAUUUACCUCAUUCAAGUGGUAUACGGAGCUGUCGACAUCCCUGCAAAGCUGAUUGGUUUCUUCAUGAUCAGUUUCAUUGGCCGGAGAGUCACCCAGGCUUCUGCUCUCAUCCUCGCAGGGCUUGCGAUCCUGGCCAACAUAUUUGUGCCACACGAUCUGCAGACCCUGCGCACUCUUUUGGCUGUGUUUGGAAAAGGUUGCCUGGCUGCCUCAUUCAACUGUGCCUUCCUCUAUACAGGAGAGCUCUACCCCACCGUGAUUAGACAGACCGGAAUGGGGUUUGUGAACACCCUGGCUCGGGUGGGCGGCAUAGUGGCCCCGCUUGUGCAAAUGACCAGUGAGUACUUGCCGUCCCUGCCACUGAUCAUCUAUGGAGCUGCCCCUAUUGUAUCCGGUAUCACCACCUGCUUCCUACCUGAGACACGUAACAUGCCAUUGCCGGACACCAUAGAAGACGUCGAGAGGCAAUUUAAGUCCUCAGGAGGCGAGUUAACGGUGGAUCCGUUCGUCAUGAGUUUCGCCGAACUCCUAGACAGCAUUGGCGGCAUGGGCCGCUUUCAAAUCAUCCAUGUCGCUUUGCUGGUUAUCCCUGUUUUAAUGACAGCCUCUCAUAACCUCCUGCAGAAUUUUUCUGCUGCUGUCCCAGGACACCACUGCCAGAUCCGGGUCGCUGCCAACAGCACGGGUGGUACAAACGUGACUCAAAGGCUGAGCACCAAAGAGCUCUUGAGGAUCUCCAUCCCCAUGGAUGGGGACUGGGAGCCGGAGAAGUGUCGCCGGUUCAUCACCACCCAGUGGCAGCUCCUAAAUCCCAACGCCACCGUCGCGAAUGAGACAGAGAUGGAAACAGAGCCAUGCACGGAUGGGUGGACCUACGACAAGAGCAUCUUCACCAACACCAUCAUUACGGAGUGGGACCUGGUGUGUAACCUGCGGACGCUCGGACAGAUGGCUCAGUCAAUUUACAUGGCUGGGGUGCUGGUGGGAGCGCUCGUGUUUGGAAGCUUAGCAGACAGGUUCGGGCGGAAGGCUCUCCUGAGCUGGUCUUACCUGCAGAUGGCUGUCUCGGGCACCUGCACUGCCUUCUCGCCCAAUUUCACCGCAUACUGCGUCUUCCGCUUCCUGGUUGGGAUGGCCCUUUCUGGGAUCAUCCUCAACUGUAUGUCACUGGUUGUUGAGUGGGUGCCAAUCAAUGUACGGACCAUAGCCGGCACGGUGGUGGGAUACUGCGCUACCAUUGGGCAGAUUGUUCUUGCAGGCUUGGCAUAUGCCCUCCCGGACUGGCGCUGGUUACAAUUCACCGCAUCUAUGCCCUUCUUCAUCUUCUUUCUCUACUCCUGGUGGUUUGCAGAGUCCGCUCGCUGGCUGGUUCUAUCAGGAAAAUCGGACCGAGCAGUCCAGGUGCUUAAGAAAGUUGCUCAGAUAAAUAGAAAAAAAGAAGAAGGAGACAAGCUCAAUACUGAGGUCUUGAAAUCCAACAUGGAGAAGGAAAUGGCCUUGGCACAAUCUUCCUACACGUUGUACAGUUUGGUCCGCACACCCAACGUACGCAGGAUAUCCUGCUGCAUAUCUAGUGUCUGGUUUGCCACCAGCUUUGCCUUCUAUGGCUUGGCCAUGGACCUGCAGCACUUCGGCUUCAACAUUUAUCUCAUCCAGGUGGCUUUUGGCUCCAUUGACAUCCCAGCCAAGCUGGGCGCUGCCAUCGGGAUGAGCUUCAUCGGCCGGCGCUUCACCCAGGCAGCUUCCGUCAUCCUGGCCGGGCUGGCGAUCCUGGCCAACAUAUUUGUGCCACGAGAGCUGAAGGCCUUACGUACAUCCCUGGCAGUGCUUGGAAAAGGAUGCUUAGCCUCUUCCUUUAACUGUUUGUACCUCUAUACCGGCGAGCUGUACCCAACAGUCAUCAGACAGACCGGCAUGGGGCUUGGAAGCACCAUGGCUCGUGUGGGCGGCAUAGUGGCUCCGGUGGUAAGGGUGACGGGGGAAUAUUUCCCAUACUUCCCACCAAUUAUAUAUGGGACAGCUCCUAUAAUCUCAGGCAUCGCUGCUAUAUUCCUGCCAGAGACCCUCAAUGUGCCAUUGCCUGACACCAUAGAAGAAGUGGAGAGAGGGAAAAGGGCCAGAGACCUAAAGAAUGACGAGCAAAAGGAGAAGAUUCUUCUGCAGACAAUGGGGCCGGCAAUGCUGCAGGAAGCCUGAUGGUGUGAUGCAAGAGGGGGCCCCUUGGGUUAGGUAGUCCUCUGCUCAAAGUGUCACCCAUGUUUCUGUACACAGCAGUACACUCACAGGGCCUGGCUCUGUGCAGUGCUGCAGAGCAGAGAGAGGCUGCAGGGGAGUCAGAACAAAUAAAUGGCAGAUUCCUCAGUCUUUGAAGUCUCUCUCUCACACACACACAUGCGUGUGCGCACACUCCGAUACUCGCACUCAUACAUACACUGACUCGUGUGCAUGUUCACACUUACACUCAUGCAUACACCCGGUCCCAUUCACACACACACAUACACACUCAUUCACUCAGGCAGAUGUUCUCACACACUCCUGCUCACACACACUUGCAACAAACACACAGGUCGGCACUGUUAGAAGGCUCCCUCCCUUUCCACCACAGCUGAUUAACACUCGACCUCCUGCCAUCUGACAAUAAGUUGGUUCCCAACCCAAAUCUCAUAAACAGCUGUGUUUUAUGGAAACCUCACCCUAUAAAUCUAAUGGCUGUGGAUGGAAUGUGUUUCAUUCAGCUCCCAUUGUAGAGAGGCCCAUGGCCAUUUUUCACAUACCUGAAUACCAGAGCCCUUGGGUCAGAGGAAAUGUUUAAACAAUUUCAAUUACCAUCACGUCUGUUUCCAUGGGGUGUAAACAGAACACUCAUGCUGCCUAAUAAAUGCC